CAUUUUUUUUUUUGCAGUGUAAUCUCAGUAGUGUAUCUCAGUGAGUGAGUGAGCCGAACCAACAGUAUAUAGGAUGCUGGAUGACGGUGAUGCGCACCAAAAGAGGCUGCUGCUGCAUCUGCUGCUGCUUCGCUUACAGGACUUACAUGAGGAUGGAUGGAGUUUAUGCGUAACGGUAUAAAGCGAUGGAUUUCCCUGCUCUUCAUCACAUUGUUGGGGCGUUGUUAAAUUCCAGGAGACGGACAUAACAUCUAAGGAGUUGUUUUGCAGAAGAAAAAUUCACAGGCUGCAGUUUUCCAACAACACGGAGAGGCUUAUUGUGGUGCGUAAAAAUCGGUUUUGAAAUGUCGGACCUCCACAACCGGAGCCAAACCAGCGCACGUCGCAGUGACUACGUGUGGCAGUAUGAAUAUUAUGACGACGAGGAGCCAGUGUCUUUUGAGGGACUCAAAGCGCACAGAUACUCCAUCGUCAUCGGCUUCUGGGUCGGACUUGCUGUGUUUGUCAUCUUCAUGUUCUUUGUCCUCACGCUGCUCACAAAGACAGGAGCGCCACACCAAGAAAACCCAGACUCUGCUGAAAAGCGCCAUCGACCAGGCAGCUGUCUGGUGGACAUCGGCAGUCCACAGGACGACAAUGACAAAGCCUUCUCUCGUCCUUUGCUAACAGAGUCCCGCUCAUAUUUUCAUUUCUACAUCAACGAGGAGGAUCAGGGUCAUGGGAAGCGAAAACCAGAGGAGGAGAGAGUUGGAAAGCACAGCGGGGCCCGAGCCCAGAAGGGGACCAGAGGCAUCAGCUCUUCGGGGAUGGACGAGAUGGAAGAGGACGCUGAGGAAGAUGAGGGACACCAACCUCUCAAGGGACUGAUAGAGGAGAGUAAGACAGACAGAGAAUGUGCCUUCUUUUCCCACUUCAACAUCCCCAACUUUGUGAAUUUGGAGCACAGUUCAACACUUGGAGAGGAUGAUCUGCUGUAUGAGCCGUCCGCCAUACUGGAGCGCCAGUCUCACUCUCAGGAUGGCCACUGUGACAUCCGCUAGGUCUGUUUCUACAAAGAUAUCACAGGCAUGGACAUAAUGUUAUUGUUAUAUUUGUAAUAUUUGCUUUCCUUUCACAUGGCCAUUUGUGAUCUGACUUUGGGAAACGCACACAUCUGCCACACAGCUACUUUUUUCCCCCAAAAAGUGUCUCUGCUUGGAGAGUUUUUAGCCUUUUCAGCAAGAACACAUUUAGCUCAACAAGCAAGAGGGCACAAAAGACGGCCCACAAUUUCAUAUGAAGCGCAACUCAUAGUUAUGCGAUGACAUUUCUUCUUGAAGAUAAAAUUACCUCACAAAUGGUACCUUUUACAACGAGCUCCUUUGAAUUAGAUGCGGCUGUAUUGUGCCUGGACUGCAUGUCCUUCCACACAGGAAAAAACAGAGAGACCAUUGUCUCACCAGGCAGAGGUGCUUUGUCCAAUUCAUUCUGCUAUUAUUGCUGUCUUGCUCUCUUGUGCAAUUCUUGACAAUUAUCUCUCUAACAGGGCCAGCGUUGCCAGAUGGGAAAUAAUAAACUAUCGUACCAGAGGCUUAGAAUUAUCGUAUUUUGAGGAAAAAUAUUGCACACGAGUCAUAACCACGAGAUCAAAUAGGCGUAAAUGUAUAAUAAAAAAAACCAACACAUAUUUCGACGACUUUUUGACACGCCUACCAAUUUACGGACCUUGUUUUUUUUCUUUUAAAGCAAGCUGAUGAUGCGUAGAAUGGGGUAUGUGUCCAUGUCCGUCUGGCAGUCGUUGUAAUAGCCUACAAUUAUAAAAUUACAGUACAAGACAGGAGGGAGAGAGAACGACAGACUGUGCUUGCGAGUCAAAUAUAUCAACCGUGAAAACACAGUUGUCGGAUCCAUCCAGUAAAAGAAUUAAAGGGGACUUAUUAUUUUUUUGUGCUUUUUCCCUUUCCAUUAGUGUGUUAUAUAGUUUUUUGUGAUUGUAAAAGGUCUGCAAAGUUACAAAGCCCAA